GAGGAGGAGGAGGUAGGAAGGAAGGAGUAAGAGGAGGAGUAGGAAGAUGACAUGCACUCUUUCUGCAGAGCUUUUCUAUAAAAGAAAAAGCAGCCAGCCCUCCAGCCCAACUCUCUAGGCUGCGUGUGCAUUCCUCAUUACUACCAGUCUACUACCUGAAAGCAGUUAUUAGCUACAAACAAUUAACUGAGGUCUCAGGAAGUGCUGCCAUGACUAGCUACUCAACAGAAGCGGGAGUUAGAGAAGAACUUGCUCAACUGAAGGCUGCUUUGGGAGGACGGGAGCUUCUAGAUGCUGCAACCAAAAUAAAAAAAGAAAUGGAUUCAUUAAAUAACACCACACUUCACGUUGCCCUUACAGGUGAUUCGGGUGUUGGUAAAUCAUCUCUUGUCAAUGCACUGAGAGGGUUGCCUGAUUUUGGAGAUAACGCAGCCGAGACUGGGGUGGUACAAACUACGAUGGAGCCAAAGCCGUAUCACCAUCCCAGAUUUCCCAAAGUUACAUUUUGGGACCUACCUGGAAUUGGAACAGGUGACUUUAAAGCAGAUACAUAUCUAAAGCUGGUAAAUUUUAGCCAGUAUGAUUUUUUCAUCAUUGUUUCAAACAGUCGCUUCUCUGAGAAUGUCAUCAAGCUGGCUUGUGAAAUCAAGAAAAUGAAGAAGACGUUCUACUAUGUGCGCUCAUAUAUCGAUGUUAGUAUACAAAGUGAAAGUAAGAAACCAAACUUCAAUGAAACAGAAACCCUCCAGAUAAUCAGGAAAGAUUGCCUGACACAUUUGAAGAAAACAGGAGAGGAUUCUCCAAAGGUUUUUCUAGUAUCGAGGCAUGAUUUGAGCAAGUAUGAUUUCCCACUCCUUCAAAAGACAUUGGAGGAGGGCUUGGAUGACCUGAAGAAACUUGUUUUAAUCAUGGCUUGGUCAACUUUCUCUAAAGAUGUAAUUGAAAGGAAAAAAGAUGCUAUGCUAGGCCACAUACAAAAAAAGUCCUUUUUGUCUUGUACUAUUGGGAUGGUUCCAAUCCCAGGCCUCGGUCUUGUUUGUAACAUUCUCAUCUUGAAGAAUACAAUGGAAAUUAUCUGCAAGGCCUUUGGCUUGGAUGAAGGUUCGCUCUGUAAACUUGGAGACAGCACUGGCAUACCUGUUGCUGAGCUGAAGUCUACUAUCAAAAAGACCCCCAGUAUCAAUGAGAUCACCAAACAAUUUGUAAUUAAUUUCUUGCAGAAGUCAAUGGUAACAACAGCAUUGACAGCAGUAGAGCUGGUUGUAGAUUUUAUACCCGGACUGGGCUCUUUGUAUGGUGGCGUCGGUUCUUUUUUAACCACAUACUACACGCUGAAGUUCUUCCUGAGUGAUGCUGUGGAAGAUGCAGAGAAUGUUCUGGCAACAGUUUGUGAGAGAAAGAAAAACUAACUGAAGAAUGAAGAAACCCACCUGGAUCGAUCUCUUCUCAUCUGAAAAGAGGCCCACAAUUGAUAUAUUUCCUCUUACCUGGACUGCUAGAGCCAAACUGGUGUCACAUUGUGUUGGGCUAGCUCUCCAGGAGAUCAGGAUUUGGAUCUCCACUCUGCCAUGCAAACCUAUGGGGAGAUCUUGGGCAAGUCGCACUUUCUCAGCUUCAGAGGAAGGCAGUGGCAACAUUUCUUAAACAGGAAAACCCCAUGAUAGGAUUGCCUUUGGGUCUCCCUAAAUAAGAAAUGACUUGAAGGCACAUGACAACCACCAUUUAUACUUUAUUAUUACCUUAAUGGUACCCUCUGGCUCUUUCCAUACUCUAAUUGGAGAAACCACCCCUUCCCUGACAUUUAAAGGGAAAAAACGAACUCAGGGGCCAGCAAAGAGGGGGAGGCCUCCAGCGCUGGCGGCCCCCACUGUUUUUUUUUUUGCUGGCCUCUGACAGAGAUGAUCUAGCAAUACAGCUAAUUUAUAAGACGCUCAGUUAAACUGUUGCUUAAACACUUCUUUAAUCUAUAUAUGCUUUGAAUGUUUCAUAAAGGUUUUGUCUGCCCCCAUCUUCUUGCUUGGCUGUGCAACAGUGAGAGACAUGGAGAUCCUUUGAUCAAUGUUUCUGGUGUUAAGUGAUUUUCUCCUAAAAGGUUUUUCAGUUCAUAUAACCCGCCCCGCACCCUCAGGUCCUCUGGGAGGAAUCUAUUGCAGCCUUUAAAAACCAGACUAACUGCUACCUCCCAGAGGGUCUUCUCUGCAAUUGCUC